UAUCUCUCUCUUUAAGUUUGUCACGUCAAAAGUUUCAUCCACUUUAUAAAAUAUGGCAGAUGCUGAGUUGUCGAAAGCGCUUCGCGAUUUACCCAAUCGUGUUCUAAAUGUACCAGUUGAGGAAAGGCAUGUGCUGUUCCAAAAUGUUUCGGCAGUUUUAACAAAUUCAGGAAUAAACUCUACAAUUAUUCGAGGAAUAUGUAAGGUCAUUGGAACGACCUUAACUAAGUAUAAGGAUCCACCAUCGCAGCUUCUUGUGCGCAAUUUAAUUGUCGAUCUUUUGAAAGUUCAUUCCGAUUCAGCUUUUGAGCAUUUAAAUGGAGUAUUUAAAGCACUCGUUAACAAAGAGUUGGUUAAUGCACCUCCUACAAAGGCAGCUAAAGCAGCAGUCAUCGCCUUGGGAUGGACAGCAUUGGUUGUCAAAAACGCUAAUCCCAAAUCAAAUGUUACUAAAACAGAGUUACCCAAACUGUUGGAAUAUCAGUCACUCUUAUACCAAAUGACUUUACUGUCAGUUAAUUCAAGAAUCACUGAACUUUCAGAUAAGAUACUCUUUGAUUUAUGGUCAGAGAAUGAUGAUUUAUUCGAUGAUUAUCUUAAGUGCUUCAUCGAAAAAGAACCUGCUAGUAAUGUAAUAGUAUUUCUUAUGUUGCUCACCAGAUAUCGAGAGCAACGAUGCGAUGAUAAAGAUUUCUUGCAAAAAUACAAAACUAAAAUGAUGGAUCAUUUUGUUAAAGGAAUAAUUACCGUUAAGGUUAAGCCUAAUUUUAAUUUUAUUAUUGCGUGUCGCCCUCUUCUUAAAUCAGUUAAGAAAGAUGAAUUUGAAUCAACUAUUUAUCCUGCAUUGCAAAGAUCAAUGUUGCGCAGCCCAGAAAUUGUUCUUCAAGGAGUUGGAAUAAUUGUGCAGGAAAUUGAUUUGGAAUUCAGUGAAUAUGCUGGAAAUUUGGGAAAGCCACUUAUGCAAAAUCUUUACUCUAAAGAUGACAAUGCUCGCAUGGAAUCAGUUGAGUCAUUGAAACAAUUGGCUAGAAAGUGUUCCAAAGUCAAAGCUAUUGAAGACAUGUUGAAAAACAUGUUUGCUAUACUAAAUGGAUCUGAUGGAAAAAUUACUGUAGCUGAAUAUCGAAUGAAUAUAUUACAGGGAGCAGGAAAUUUGAGCUUCAAUGGUAUUCCACAAAAUGUCAUCAAUCCAAUUAUGGAAACUGUUACCGAACUCUUUGGAAAAGCAUUAGAAAGUGAAAUUCAAGAGAAGGUUCUUAUUCACACUUUGGAGAUGUUCAGCCUCUGGUCUAUUAAUUUUAGCGGAGAACUUCCAAAACGUGUAACUGAAAUCUUUAAAAAAGGACUUGAACUCAAAUCCACCACACAAUCUGUGCGAGUUGCCUAUCUACAAUGGCUCUUGGCUGCUCUUCACAACAGUAAAUUGAGUAAAGAUGUUGAUUUCACCCCAUUAUUAUUGAAGGCCGUCGAAAAAGCCAAUCAAAAUCCAACUCAGAUUCCAGUAGUUGCUGAAGCUGUAUGUGCAACUUGCUUGAUUUUGAAAAAUGAACCAGUUGUUGGCGACCAAAAAUUAAACUCCUUCUGGAAUGUAGUUUUGGAUAUGCAGAAACAAGUUUUCCUAUCCGAUCGUUUUCUUGCAUCAGCGCCCAGCGAUACCCUAUGCUAUAUUACUCUAAUGGCUGAAAAACUUUUGACUGAACAUUUUAACAAACUUAAAGGUCCUGCAGAUCCACUUUAUAAAGCAAUUGUUUAUAGUAUUACCUCCACAUCCGGCAAGGUACGCAACUAUUGUUUGGACGUUAUACCCAAGAUAUUGAGACAUCGCGAUGGAGUAACUUAUUCCAAAUUGAUUUUGGCCGAAUUGAAAAAUUACAUUGAAACAGCUAAAAUUCAAUAUGAUGGUGAAUCUGUUGAAGAAGCAAAUUUAAUUCCAUCUUAUGCAUUUGUCGAUGCCAUCCAAAAGUUGUGCGAAUUUGAAAACAUUUCCUGUGCUGACAGUCAAGUUCUGGCUACACAAUUGCUUUUGUGUUGUCAUCAUUCUGCAGUUACUACAAAUGAUCCAGAGUUAUGGGAGAAUAUUCUUAAAUUUAAUUUCGAAUUAGAUCCAAAGUCAUUUAUUUCAUUGAAUGUUAAACAAAUUAAUGAAAUUCUAAUUGAUGACUUCAAGGCUAAUAAGAUGUAUGAAAAUGCUGUGGCAUCUAUUACUCGUUUGAGCCCUGAUGUUGUCCUGCCAAUAUUAAUCAGCAAAGUUACAUCAGACCUUAAUGAUGCUAAUAUGUCGAAUGUUACAGAUGAUGAGUAUUUCACAUAUUUAACACCUGAUGGUGAGCUCUACGACAAGAGUGUGAUUCCAAACAACGAUGAUAUUUACGCUACAGCUGGUCUUAAGCGUGAAAACAAAGUUUACAGCUACAAAGAGCAAUUGGAAGAACUUCAACUACGUCGUGAAAUCGAAGAAAAACGCCGAAAGGAAGGCAAAGCUAAACCUCCCCAACUAACCCCAAAACAACAAGAAGCCAUCAAAAAUCAAACAGAAAAAGAAAAAGCUAUCAAGGAACGUUUACGUUUGUUAAAUUCCAAACUUACAAAAAUGGUAUCAAUUCUUCAUGCAGCAUGCAAUGGCAAUGGAAAACAAGUUUCACUUCACUUUGCCAAGUUACUCGGAUCAAUUUUGAGGGUUUUACAAUCACCAUUAGCUGCUGCUCCUCUCACCGAAUUAUAUUUCAAUCUUAGAUUGACAUGUUUUGAAAACAACCAGCAGGAUCUGGCUAAUUCAAUUGCCAUAGCCACUUUGCGUUUGUCUAAACCUCAUUGUGAUCUUAAAGAGGACUGGAUAAAACAGGAACUCAAUGAAACUGUUGAAGAAACUCUGAAAAAACUUAACAAGGCUACAGUUGCACAAAUAAACGAAGUCUGUAUGGAAGAUAUGGAUGAUGAGAAUCCUCUAUUAAAUGCUACAACAUUCUGUUAUGCAUUUGAGUUUCUUAAGAGAGCAUUGCUUACCAGACCGAUAUCUAAAAAUGAAGAUUUACUCCUAAUGGGUAUUAAAUUGAUUGAGAAACAUGCCCAAAUUCGAGGUGAUACGGUGAAUGGAGAGCUUUCUGACUAUAGGCAUCCCAAAUUCAUGCCACGUCUCGAGAUGUUCCGUCUUCUGUUGCAAUUAAUAAGCAUUCAUCGAGGUCGAACACAGACUCAAGCAGUUGCAGCAUUAUUGGAAGUAGCCUCCACAAGCAGUGGAGAAGAUUUUUGUGCUUCGGCUGGAAAGGAAGAAGUUGAUUUAUUCCUUUCUGCUCUUCAAAGUCCAUUGGAGGCAACAAGAGAUGUUGCUUUGCGUGCACUCUCUAUCAUGGUCAAGGCAUUGCCAACUGUUGAGCAGAACUAUGAUUUAAAUCUUCGAAUCACACGUCGUUUCUGGGUUGCAAAGUAUGAUAUGUCUGAGGAAAACCAAAUAUUGGCCAAUGAACUCUGGGAGAAGGCCAACCUCGAAUUACCCCCAAUUAUGUGUGAAGAACUAAUGGGCGAUGUUAUUCAUCCAGAAUUUUGUAUUCAAAAAGCUGCAGCUGCAGCAUUUGUCCCAAUUUUGAAAAAAGAUCCAUCACUUGUACAGAAAGUACUUUCACAAUUGCUAGCAAUCUAUCACGACAAACUUACAAUGAUUCCUCCAAAAUUGGAUCAGUUCAACAGAGAGAUUGAACCUGCUAUUGAUCAAUGGGGUCCCAGGAGAGGUGUUGCAAUUGCAAUCUCACAGAUUGCACAGUUUUUUACACUGGAUGAUGUGAAUAGUGUAAUGCAAUUCAUGGUUUCACAUGGUCUAGGUGAUCGUGAAGAAAUUGUUCAUAAAGAGAUGUUGGCUGCUUCACUGACUAUAGUCGAUCUUCAUGGCAAAGAAACAAUUGUCGAUUUGCUUCCAGUUUUCGAAGAUUUUCUUGAUAAAGCACCAAAGUCACAGAGUUUUGAUAAUAUACGUCAAGCUGUGGUCAUUCUUAUGGGAUCUUUAGCUAGGCAUUUGGAUAAGGAUGAUAAGAGAAUUGAACCGAUUGUCAAACGUUUAUUGGCUGCCCUUUCAACUCCGUCACAACAAGUGCAAGAAGCUGUAGCUAAUUGUUUGCCUCAUUUGAUGCCAUCGAUCAAAGAUGAAGCGCCAAUGAUGGUUAAACGAUUGCUUCAACAAUUAGUCAAGUCCGAUAAGUAUGGAGAGAGACGUGGAGCUGCAUAUGGUAUUGCAGGCAUAGUUAAAGGACUUACAAUCCUCGCACUUAAGCAAUUGGAUAUUAUGUCAAAACUUACGACUUAUAUUCAAGAAAAGAAAAAUUACAAAUCGCGAGAAGGCGCCUUGUUUGCAUUCGAAGUGCUCUGUACAACUUUGGGGCGUUUAUUCGAACCUUACAUUGUUCAUGUGUUGCCACAUUUGUUGCAGUGUUUUGGUGACUCUUCGCAGUAUGUGCGACAAGCAGCUGAUGAUACUGCAAAAGUAGUUAUGGGAAAACUAUCAGCCCAUGGAGUUAAGUUGGUUCUUCCAUCGCUACUCGAUGCUCUAGAUGAAGAUUCAUGGCGUACCAAAACCGCUUCGGUAGAACUUCUUGGUGCAAUGGCUUUCUGUGCCCCAAAACAGUUGUCUUCUUGCCUGCCGAGCAUUGUACCUAAGCUCAUUGAAGUACUUGGAGAUUCGCACACUAAAGUCCAAGAAGCCGGUGCCGAUGCAUUGAAAGUCAUCGGUUCAGUCAUCAAGAAUCCCGAAAUUCAAGCCAUUGUCCCGGUGUUGUUAAAGGCUUUAGAAGAUCCAUCGAAAAACACAUCAGUGUGUUUGCAUAGCUUACUUCAAACUAAAUUUGUCCAUUUCAUUGAUGCUCCAUCUUUGGCAUUGAUUAUGCCUGUGGUACAGCGAGCUUUUAUGGAUCGUUCAACGGAAACCAGAAAAAUGGCUGCUCAAAUCAUCGGUAAUAUGUAUUCCUUGACCGAUCAAAAAGAUCUUACACCAUAUCUGCCAAAUAUUAUUCCCGGUUUGAAGAUGUCCCUACUCGAUCCGGUGCCAGAGGUUCGUGCUGUAUCAGCACGAGCUUUGGGUGCUAUGGUUCGUGGUAUGGGUGAGUCAUCAUUUGAGGAUCUCCUGCCAUGGUUGAUGCAGACACUGACUUCGGAAUCGAGCAGUGUUGAUAGAAGUGGAGCAGCUCAAGGUCUUUCAGAGGUUGUUGGUGGGCUAGGUGUUGAGAAACUUCACAAACUCAUGCCUGAAAUUAUUGCUACAGCCGAAAGAACUGACAUUGCACCACAUGUUAAAGACGGUUACAUUAUGAUGUUUAUCUAUAUGCCAGGAGCAUUUCCCAAAGAAUUCACCCCAUACAUUGGUCAAAUUAUUACACCAAUUCUGAAGGCUUUAGCCGACGAAAACGAAUAUGUACGUGACACUGCUUUAAAGGCUGGUCAAAGAAUAGUCAAUUUAUAUGCUGAAUCUGCUGUCACUCUGCUAUUGCCAGAAUUGGAAAAAGGACUAUUUGAUGAUAACUGGCGUAUUCGAUUCAGUUCAGUUCAAUUGCUGGGUGAUUUGCUUUAUCGUAUUUCUGGAGUUUCUGGUAAAAUGACCACAGAAACAGCAAGUGAAGAUGAUAACUUCGGAACCGAACAAUCACACACAGCCAUUAUUCGAUUCCUUGGAGCAGAAAGACGUAAUAGAGUUCUGGCUGGACUUUAUAUGGGUCGCAGUGAUGUGUCACUCAUGGUUCGACAAGCUGCUUUACACGUCUGGAAGGUUGUAGUCACAAAUACACCACGAACAUUGCGUGAAAUUCUACCAACUCUAUUCAGUUUGUUGUUGGGUUGCUUGGCAAGUACCAGUUAUGAUAAACGUCAAGUGGCUGCACGAACAUUGGGUGAUCUAGUAAGAAAGUUGGGAGAACGAGUGCUUCCCGAAAUCAUUCCGAUUCUUGAACGUGGUUUGAAUUCUGAUCAGGCUGAUCAGCGUCAAGGUGUGUGUAUUGGCUUAUCGGAGAUUAUGGCCUCCACUUCCAAGGACAUGGUUUUAACUUUUGUCAAUAGUUUGGUGCCGACAGUUCGCAAGGCUCUAUCAGAUCCAUUGCCUGAAGUGCGAGAAGCAGCUGCUAAAACAUUUGAUUCUCUACAUUCCACGGUCGGAUCACGUGCAUUAGAUGACAUUUUGCCAUCCAUGUUGGAAGGCCUAUCCGAUCCGGAUCCCGAAAUUGCAGAAAAUACCCUCGACGGUUUGCGUCAAGUUAUGUCUAUUAAAUCACGUGUAGUUUUGCCAUAUUUGGUUCCUCAACUUACAGCACCGCCAGUGAAUACAAAGGCUUUGUCAAUUUUGGUUUCCGUUGCUGGCGAUGCUCUCACCAAAUAUCUACCAAAAAUUCUCUCUGCGUUAUUGCAAGCACUGUCCAAUGCCCAAGGAACGCCAGAUGAAAUACAGGAACUAGAAUACUGUCAAGCUGUUAUAUUAUCUGUUAGUGACGAAGCAGGUAUUCGUACAAUCAUGGAUACCCUGAUGACAUCUGCUAAAUCAGAAAGUUUACCAACCCGCAAAUCUGCUGCCAGUUUACUAUCAGCUUUCUGUACUCAUUCUCCUGGGGACUACUCACAAUAUGUUCCACAACUCUUGCGUUGUCUCUUACGGUUGCUCGCCGAACAAGAUAGAGAUAUUUUGCAAAGGUCUUGGGAUGCUCUUAAUGCGGUUAUCAAAGGCUUGGAUUCGGCUCAACAAAUUGCACACGUAUCCGAUGUCCGUCAAGCUGUUCGAUUUGCUGCUAGCGAUCUCAAGGGAUUGGAAUUGCCAGGAUUUUGUUUGCCCAAGGGUAUUUCACCUCUUUUACCGGUAUUCAGGGAGGCUAUUUUGAAUGGUUUGCCUGAGGAGAAGGAAAACGCAGCUCAAGGAUUGGGUGAAAUCAUUGCUUUGACCAGCCCAGCUUCGCUGCAGCCAUCUGUUGUACAUAUCACAGGUCCAUUAAUCCGUAUUUUGGGUGACCGUUUCAAUGCUAGUGUUAAGGCUGCAGUCCUCGAAACUUUGGCAAUACUCUUGCACAAGGUUGGUGUUAUGUUAAAGCAGUUUUUGCCUCAACUUCAAACAACAUUCUUGAAAGCUCUACACGAUCAAAACCGCACAGUUCGAAUGAAGGCUGGUCAAGCUUUGGCCGAACUGGUUGUUAUUCACACCCGAGCCGAUCCUCUGUUUACCGAAAUGCACAAUGGUUUGAAAAAUACCGAUGAUUCUGGUAUUCGUGAGACUAUGUUGCAAGCUUUGCGUGGUAUUAUCACUCCAGCUGGAGAAAAAAUGACUGAACCACUUCGCAAGCAGGUUUAUGCAACUUUAACAUCUAUGCUGGGUUAUCCGGAAGAUGUGACGCGCAGUGCUGUCGGUGGAUGUCUUGGUGCUCUUUGCAAAUAUCUUUCGCCUGAACAACUUGAUGAUGUAAUGAAGAACAACGUUUUGAACGAUGAUUGUGGUGAUGAUUGGGAGCUCCGUCAUGGCAGAACAGUGGUCCUGUUUGUGGCACUUAAAGAAAGCGCAUCUUCUGUUUAUACCCCAGCAUAUGAAGCUAAGAUAUCCAAAACAAUUGUAUCAAGCAUUUCAUCGGAUAAAGUGACAAUUGCUUGCAACGGUGUUCGGGCAUCUGCAUACCUUUUACAAUAUUGUAUGACUGAACAUAUACCUGUGCCCCAAGCAGUUGUCACACCAUUCGUCCGAGCUAUGAAUCACAAUAGCAAUGAAGUUAAGCAACUUGUGGCAAAGGCAUGCACCUAUUUAGCCAAGGUUGUAACGCCAGAAGAUACAACUCCUGAACUGUUGAAGCCACUCAUCCCUAUGUUGGUUAAUGGUACCAAAGAAAAGAACGGUUACGUCAAGUCAAACUCAGAAAUCGCCCUCGUAGCUAUUCUCCGGCUGAGAGAUGGUGAAGAGGUCUAUCAGAAAUGCAUUCAACUACUAGAAUCCGGUGCCAGAGAUUCAUUAAGUGAAGUUGUAAGCAAGGUUCUUCGCAAAGUAAUCAUACAGCCGAUUGGAAAAGAAGAAGAACUCGAUGAUACUUUACUGUCUUGAUUGCCAGUAUUGAAAAAGAAAAUGUUAUCAUCAUCCAUUGUUGAUUUAUUCAAUCCAAGGAUAUAUCUUACAACAAUAUGUUUGUUUUCCCACAGCAAUUGCUUAAUUUACUUUAUGAUGGUACUCCUGCUAAGAUUAUAUAGUUUCGUUGUCACUUUUACCAAUUUUCACACAUUUAUUAAUAAUGAAAUAACGUCCUACCCCACCACCACCUACACAAUUAGAACCACCAGCAACACAACUGCUGCUCCUAAUCACUCUUUUUUGAGUUUUGUACGAAUGAGUUGGCUGCCGAAUGAAAUUUUUAAAUGCGUCUACAGUUGUAUCAGUUAUAUUUUAAAUAAUAAUAUCUCUUCUUACUUAUAUAUGUUUUAUAUGUACAUUUUAGACUUCUGUUAUUGUAAUAUUAAUAAUUUUACUUUAAUAUACGUCUUAUAUAAAAUAUGACAAAAA